UUCAACUGCCCGCCUUCCAAGUUUUGUUUUGGUUUUCUGCGAAUUAUUAUGUCUCUACGUUCUUCUAAGGAUUUAAAGGGCGGAUUCUAAACUAUCAACUCUGGAUCUGCCUUUAACUGUUCGAGUUUUGGUCCAAUCUUUCUUUCUGAUUAUCAUCAUAAUAAGAUUUAGGGAUUUUGUGGAAGUUUGUAGUUGAAGGUUGCAGCUGAUGGCAAGGAUCAAACCUCAAGCGCUGCUGCUCCAAAGCAAAAAGAAGGGUCCAACUCGAAUAAGUCUGAGUACAAUUGUCACUUGCAACUUAAUCGUUGUUUUGAUUGUUUUGUGCUUAGUUGCUACAUAUCGACAAUGGUCUCAAAGGUCAAGAAACCAACUAGAUUAUGGCUUGCCAAAUCUUGUGGAUGUUGAUACAGUUGGAGAUCCAAAGAAAUUUGAUCUUCCUAGUUUUGCUAUCCUAAAUACCUCAAAAGGUUUGAUAACAGUGGAACUGUACAAGGAAGGUUAUCCUGAAAUUGUGGAUAAAUUUCUUGACUCAUGUCAAAGGGAGCACUUCAAGGGGAUGCUUUUUCAUCGUGUGAUAAAAAACUAUGUGAUCCAGGCUGGAGACUUCCAAAGACUGGGAGCUGCAGAAGAUUGGACAAUGAAAGGAAAACCUGAUAGUAUAAGUCCAAAGCAUGAAGCAUUUAUGCUUGGAACUUCGAAAACUAAACACGAUGACAAAGGAUUUGAACUUUUUAUCACAACUGCACCUAUCCCGGAUUUAAGUGAUAAGCUUAUUGUAUUUGGACGGGUCAUCAAGGGAGAAGAUGUUGUCCAGGAAAUUGAAGAGGUGGAUACAGAUGAACACUACCGACCUAAGUCACCCAUAGGGAUCAUUAAUGUGACUCUGAAACGGGAAGUCUGAAGUGUAUUCUCUUCCUUCAUAAAAACAUUACAGCACUCCGAUGUACCUGCCUGAGAAGCUACAUUCUGGAACUUUUUUUUUUUCCAGAAGUCUUGUCAUGGUGCCUCUGGUUUUUUUCCCAUUUCAGGAGUUUGGAGGGUGCUUUAACAGGUCUGAGGAUCUUGUGCUUGUUUUGAACAAAGUUAUUAGUAUGGGUCUUUCUGCAUAUAAUCAUCCAUUGAGGUAAAAUAGCAUUUAAGUCUUUUUUCAACUCUUUUCUUUCUCCAGAAUCUUUGGGACUGCUUGGGGAAAUAUCUGAUGGGUGAGGAUAGGAUUCCUUCAUUCCUUGUAAAGGUGUUUAUGAUUCUGCAGGAGUUGCUUGUAAGGUGUUUAUGAUACUCAAGAAAACCAUCUAAAAUUAGAAAAUCACGUUUGUUAGAAGCGGUUGGAUCAGCUUUUGCUUUGAAUCAUACAGUGACCAUUUUUUUCUUUGCUCU